UUGUCGUGUUUACGACUCUCGAUAAGCUUUUGGUACGCAAGAGUUGUACCGUUGAUCAAUCAAAGAGGCAGCGAGAGUACACGCAGCGGCGAUGAAGAAGCUAUAACGGGACAACCCCAUAGGAGGAGAGCGGUGCGCAAGGCGCGACCAUGUCGAAGAUGCAGUGCCGGCAAUUCGUGCAGAAUGCCUGGAAGAAGGACCUGUGCUCGAAUUGCUUCAAGUCCCGGGAGGAGCACCUCGCGACCCAAGACCUCGUCAAGCCCGUCGUCGUCAAAACGGCCCUCAGCGUCAAGAGGGUCGUGCACAAAGUGCAGGGCAUCCUGCGUCCAACGAAAGAACCCAACAACAGCACAAACCAACUGCGCCCAAAGCGCAAGACGGUCGCCUUCCUGGACUCGCUGACCGAAAUAAUCGGCUACGACGGAGGUGACGACUUCGACACCGAGGACUCAAGCCCCCGCCCCGCCGACCAGGACGACCCGGACCAUUGCGCCGACACCAGCCUCGAGCCGGACGACCUGCCCGACAGCGAGGAGGAGCGCGCCCUCGGCAACCUCACCCGAGCCAACACGAACUUCAACACGAUCACGGCCAACCUCACGGCGCCCCCCCUCGGCCCCGCCCUCAUGCUCGGCAGAGCCCCCAAGCCCACCGGCAACAAGCCCACCCUCCUCGUGACCAUCACUCCCUUCGGCAGCGACGACGGCACCGUCCCCACGCUACAACUGUUCUGGCUCCGUUGA